AUGUCAUCGAAGCGCAAGGUGCUUUUGAUGGGUAAGAGCGGCUCAGGAAAGACGAGCAUGCGCUCGAUCAUCUUUGCCAAUUACAUCGCUCGCGACACGUCAAGACUAGGUCCGACAAUGGAAGUUGAGCACGCUCAUGUUCGAGAGUUCGAAAAGGAUCUUGGAUAUUAUCAAUCUUGCCUUGAAGCCCUUUUACAUAAUUCUCCAAAUGCUCAGGUGUUUUGUCUUAUACAUAAAAUGGACCUCAUUGAAGUCGAUCAUCGGGAUAAGACAUUUGAAGAUCGAGCGUCGUUGGUUUUGAAGUUUAGUGAGUUGGCAGCGGGUGCAGAUCGUGCAAACGCCGUUUGUCAGUGCUUUCGUAGUAGUAUCUGGGAUGAAACUUUGUACAAGGCGUGGUCUGCAAUUGUGUACAAGCUAAUACCGAAUGUGGGCAUCAUGGAACAGAAGCUGAAGCAAUUUGCUGCGAUACUUGAUGCUGAUGAAGUGAUGCUAUUUGAAAAAGCUACUUUUCUUGUCAUCGCGCAUGCGGAAAUGACGGAACAUCGUGAUAUGCAUCGGUUCGAAAAGGUUUCAAAUAUUAUAAAACAAUUUAAACUCAGUUGUAGCAAAAUGGGUUCGCAAUUCGAAUACAUGCAUGUACGCAAUAGUCACUUUGCGGCGUUUAUUGACGCUUUCACUCCAAACACCUUCAUUAUGGUCGUGCUCGCUGAUGGUAACGUCUCAGCAGCUGCAACUCUUAUGAACAUUCGUUCUGCGAAGAAGCACUUUGAAGCAUUAGAGUCAAAAUGA